AUGAUGACAGCACCUUUGCAGAGUCCCAGGGAUGAUGCUCAGGUAUCAAAGAAGGGACACAAGGCCUUCAAUGAUACUGUCAGAUACUUCUCUAAGAAGAAUAGGGAAAAGCUGAAAAACUCAGAGAAAAUCACCUAUGUGUGUAUGAAGAGAAACUAUGAGACCAUGACUAAACUAGGUCUCAAGGCUACCCUCCCAACUUUCAUGUAUAAUAAAUGGGCCACAGACCUCCAGGGGAAUGAUUCUGAUAGACACCAUAACUGCGGGAAUCAGGAUGAACAUACUCAGAUGGCUUUCAGCAUGCUACAAGGAAACUUUCCAAAGAUGAUGCCCAAGAAGCCAGCAGAGGAAGGAAAUUAUUCAAAGGGAGUGCCAGAAGCAUAUGUCUCACAAAAUGAUGGAAAACAGCUGUGCCCCCCGGGAAAACAAAGUACCUCUGAGAAGAUUCACAAGAUAUCUGGACCCACAGAGUGCGAGAAAGAAAGUAUCUAG